CAAAAUUUAAGACUUUUGCUUUUAGAUCCGAAAUUUUUUUUUAUUGAUUUUUUCCUGAUUUUUCGUAUAAUUAAGUUCCUUUUUUCAUUAAAGAAAUAUGUUUGUGCCAAUGGCUGAGCUUCCAAAUAAAACGUGUAUCAUCUAAUAUCUAUAUAGUAUAAAAGAGCAUAAUUUCUACGUUGCGAACAAUAAAAAAUCAUUUUUACAUACUAUGAAAUUUGGAAAGACUUUAUUAAGAAAUCAAAUUCCAGAAUGGUCAAGAAAUUAUAUUUCUUAUAAAGUUUUAAAAAAGCUCAUAAAUAAUGCUGCUAAAGCAGACGAAACGGCUGUUGAGGAUGUUGUAAUAGGUUUCUUUUUUGAAGUUGACCGUGAACUUGAAAAAGUAAACAACUUUUUCUUGUAUAAACGUACUGAAAUGGAACGUCGGUUAAGAACUUUAUCGGAAAAAUAUCGGUGCUUUAAUAUUUCUAUUCCAAAUAGUCCAUCUAUUAUUAACAUUAACCCAAUUGACAGUGGAGUCAAUGUACCUGGACUAAGCGCAUAUAUCAACCCUAAUUUUGAUCCAUAUGCUGAUGAAGAGUUUUUGGUUGUGAUAAAGGAAACUAAAGAUCAAAUUCAUAAGGUUCUUCGUUUUGCUGAUAUGAAUAAGAAAGGAUUUAUCAAAAUUCUAAAAAAAUUUGAAAAGAAGCUAGGAAGACAGGUUAAAGAUCGUUAUUUAGAAACAAAGGUAAAUAUACUUCCGUUUGCAUCGAGCUCAUUAUUUACCGAAAUGCUGGAUUCCAUCGAACAUUGGAUUCAAGAAGUUCAUCGUCGAGUGGCAGAUUAUAAACAACAUGUUCAUCAAGAUAACGAAUUCACAACAAAAGCUCGUCUUCGUCGGAUAAAUUUGACCGAAGAACAAGAUAAAAUAUUGUCGAAUUCAAUUUCUGAUGAUGAUGCAGAAGCCCUUAAAGAUUUGAUAAAUCAACUAGCAUCAAACUUAAAUAAUAAAAAGGACUCAAAUAUAUCGUCUAUUCAAAUAUCACCUAUAAAGAAGACUUUAACAUCGAUGCUUUACAAAGCAUGUAAUUCUCGAGCUAUGAGAUGUAUAAAAUUACUUCUCAAUUCCGGAGCCAGUAUACACGAGGAUGAAGAUAUCAAUGAACGUUCAUUGAUUCAUAAAUUAGUGAUUCAUGGUGGUAAAUUACCGAAGGAUAAAUCUUCUUCGACGAAUAGCAACGUUAUUGGUUUAGAAGGAUCACAAAUGACAUAUUUUGCUACAGUAUUUCACAUGCAAAAAGAUUUCAAAAGUAUCUAUUCUAAAACAAACAAUGUUAGUGAAGAUGUAAGUUUAAUAUCCUGGAUUCUUGAACAUAUUCCUCAAAUAGAAAAUUCAAAGGUUUCAUUUAGAGAUGCUUUUGGUAGAAGUCCUUUGCAUUAUGCUGCCAUUAAUGGAUUUGAAAACUGCACCAAAAUACUUUUGGAAUUUUUAAUUAGAACCGAACAAUUUCCUUUACAACAAGGGUUCAACGAUCCUUCCUGGUUCGAUAAUGAUGGGUUUACACCGCUACUUUAUGCAGUCUUAUGUGGGCACACUACGGUGGUGAAUUGUAUUAUUAAAGCGGGCAAAAUAAAAAAUGUCGAUGCUAUCAGUAACGCAGAUGAUUCGUCUUCGGUCACCACCGUUAGCCCUGCUUUACCACAUAAUAUUUCGCAUAGUCAUACGCAGACUCCACUUGCUAUAGCUUGUAAAUUUGGUCAAACUGUAACGGCAAGACUUUUACUCGCAUAUGGUGCAGAUCCUGAUAUCCAGGAUGAGGAGGGAGAAACUCCAUUACAUUUGGCUACUCGUAAUGGAUUUGAUGAUUGUGUGAGAUUAUUAGUUGGUUUAGAUGAUUAUAAAGAAGAACAUUAUACAGAAGAACAUCAAAUAUUAUCUGAUGAUAUCAAAAUUAUUCUCAAGUCUAAUUUAAAAAAAGCAAAUACAGAAAUCAAAGAAAAUUUUUAUGGAUGGACUCCUUUAUCUUUAGCAGCUGUGGAAGGCCAUAUUGCAUGUGUCAAAACGUUAAUACAAGCGGGCGCUGAUCCUAAUGUAAAGGAUAACUCUGGCUGGACUCCACAUAUACACGCAGUGUUUCGAGGAUAUACUGCAGUUAAAGAAAUUUUACGUCCUCUAACCGCGUUUCAAGAACCUAGUCCACUUUUUUCUACAGAGAUUAGCAAGAAUAAUUCAAAAUCAUUUAACAAACCUGAAGGGGCAUCAGCUGAAUUGGCCUAUGGUCAUAGAUAUUUACAAGAUCAAUCUUUGAUUCUUGUAACACUUGGAAAUACCGAUACGCGCAAUAGCGUUAGCCCUGUAGACCUUUAUAAUACUUAUAUUUCAUCAACUUCCAUUCCGGUGACUUCAGUUUCACUUGUUGUUUCUACUAAGAAUGCGACCGGGGAACCAGCAAUUAUUGACCUUCCAAUUAAUAACACAUCCGCCAUUGAUCCGAUCAUGUUUUAUUCAUCUGAUAUAGAUGAGGUUAUUUUGACUUUCGACCUUAUACCCACUUAUGAGACAAAAAAACAAUUUAUUGGACGUGCAACUGCAUUGCUUUCGUCCGUAAAAACUUCUUCAGGUCCACAACAUAGUUCCUUAAUGGGUUCCGUUACUGUUCCAAUUCUUAGUAAAGAUUCACUAGAUGUAAUUGGAAGAGUAGUUUUUGAGUUUUUAAUUAUAAAACCUUUCAAACACGAAAACCUUGCUGUUGGUAGUAAACACACGUACUGGACUUCCACAAAAGUUAUUGGACAUCGUGGAUCUGGUAUGAAUAGAAUGGAGACUCCUAAUUUACAAUUAGGAGAAAAUACGCUCAUUAGUUUCAUUACAGCUGCAUCACUUGGAGCAGAGUAUGUUGAAUUUGAUGUUCAACUUACUAAAGAUCAUGUUCCAGUUAUUUAUCACGAUUGGACUAUUACUGAAACCGGAUAUGAUAUUCCAAUUCACGCCAUUACUCUUCAACAAUACCUGAAAAUCAAACAACAGUUUGUAUCUGAACAAUUUUUGGUACGAGAACAUAAUAUUCGUAAAGAAUUCCAACAUCCUUCCGAUAAUAAUGAUGGUAAACGAAAUGAGAAUCGAGAAAAAAAGAGAAGAUCUCAUAGCGUACCUGUUAAUACUUUUGUUCCUUCAGAAAAGAAGGAGGGGAAAUUAAAAGGAAAUAGUGAUGGUACCAUUCAGGCACCUUUUGCGACUUUAGUAGAAACAUUUAAGCAAGUGCCGAUUCACAUCGGGUUUAAUAUUGAAGUUAAAUAUCCAAUGAUAGACGAGGCAGAAGCAGAUAGUUUACCAGCAUAUCACACCGAAUUAAACCUUUUUGUAGACACAAUCCUUCAGUGUGUAUAUGAUCAUGCUCAGGAACGUAAUAUUAUAUUUUCAUCAUUUCAUCCUGAUAUAUGCCUCAUGCUGGCUUUUAAACAACCAAAUUAUCCAGUAUUUUUCUUAACUGAUUGUGGUGAGGAAAAAAUGGCGGAUGCAAGAUGCAAUUCUCUUCAAGUAGCAAUUAGAUUUGCCAAAUUUGCAGAUUUAUUAGGGAUAGUGACUAAAAGUGUUCCUAUAAUUGAAGCGCCAAUAUUAGUAAAGACAAUUAAAGAAACGGGAUUAUUACUCUUUACUUAUGGGUCCAUGAAUAAUGAUGUAACCAAUGUACGAUUGCAAAGAAAAGCUGGUGUAGAUGCCGUUAUUGUGGACUCAGUGUUGGCCGUAAGAAAUGGGCUUCAACAAAAUGAUUAAAUCAUUAAAUAUGUACAUAAUUAACAUUAAUGAUGAAAUUAGAAUGUAAAAAAAUAAUUAAUUUAUUAAAUAGAUAAUUAUUUCUUAUAUUUAUUUGUCCUGGUUUUUUUUUGGAUUUAUACAUCAUUUUCAAUGGAACUACCUAAAAAUCUAUUGGGGUAUAAUUUAACCAAAAUAUUUUAGAAAUAUUUUAAAUUAAUCCAUUUAAAAUUCAUUGACGCCACUUUAACACAAGAAUUCAAAUUACUAACAUUUUUUUGGUUUAAUUAUCUUUGGUUCCAACUUAAUGCCACGUUACAAAAGCACGUGAUAAACUAAUAUAAUUGAUUACAUGAAUUAUCACCAAUAAAAACGAAUAAUUUCAGUGUAACUGAAGAUUAAUUUUUUUAUUGGUAUAUUAAAAUAUUUUUAUUUUGAAAACAAAAUCAAAUAAAUUUCGCGCUCAUUCUCUCUUCCACUUUUUUUUUUUUU